AGCUUCACAUCUAACGAUUCAUCAACAAAUUUGUUCUCAUCUUUCACCAUAAAAACGCCCCACCCUACUUCUGCAGCUGCCUGCCCCACCGGCGCCUGUCAUGGGGGAAGAGCGCGGCAGCAGCAGUAGCACGGGCGCUCGCGGGGGCGCGACGGCAUCUACUUCGAUGAACGGAGCUGCAAAUCAAAUAAAAGCGCCUGCCGACAGCACGAGCAGUUACUACGGUCCGGGGAAUGAUGAUAGUCCAAAGACCGGGGAUGCGAAAAUCUUUGCAGAUUUGUACGAGGACGCCAAGUGGCGGCAGCAGCGCCAGGAAGAGCGAGAUUUGCUCGUUAGGAUGGCCUUGCAGCACCAUACGCGGGAAAAGACACAGGUAUGAUGGUAGAGGAGAUUGAUGUUCUCGUGGUGUCUGCUGGGUGAUGUAGAAGCGGGUGAAGAUUUUCGUGCUGUGGCAAGGGAAGUUUUAACUUGUUGUUUGUGAAGAAUCAUCUGGCAUUCACUAAGUGCACGACAAAUUUAGGUCCGCACGUCUCGGUCCGCCGACUUGUCCAUGCAACGGUACCGUCGGGAAGCGAUGCAAGUGGUCCGGGACUGCUUGAGAGACUCGCCCUACGACGAAAAUUUUUCCUCCACAACGGAUGUGGAGGUGAUGCCGCCGAGCAAGGUGUUGCAGCCGAAGCCGUUCCAGGGUAUCAGCUCCGACGCAGAGACCACAGCCGGAACAACCACGGAUAAUUCGGCAAAUCAUUCCAACGCGCCAAGAGCGACGUCGCGGCCAAAUAAGGAGCCACAAUCGACGAGCAGUCAUCAAGUGCUGCAAGUUCCGAAUUCCCUGCUCCAGCAGGUGCUGGAGAAACUCGGUUUUAUCAACGUCUCCGCGGAACUCCGGGCCAGUCUGCUCGUGCACGCUUUGGACCAACAAGACCAGGGCUGUUUUCGCUCCGACGUGCUGCUGCAUUUUUUGGAACUUUGCAUGACCCUGCCAGGAGGUGGACCAGCACAUCAUUCGGAGCAGGGACCGCAUGCAACAGAACUUGUACAUCAACCCGGGCAGAUGAUGAACGGUGGCACAACUUCUAAAGUACCAGUCUCGACGACGUCCCCGACGACCAACAUCCCAACGAAUCCCGUCGAGAACCCAGCAGACCAAGCGGAACUGCAGGUCGCUCUAGCGAAGCAGUUGCGGAAGUGUUUGGUUUACGCCACGAGGAUAAAGAACAGCAGCGGUUGUACUAGUGGUGCAAGCACAGGAACUACUUCUAGUGGUGGUUAUAAAGCAGCGCAUAACCAAUUUUACGGGCCACCUGUUGAUGCGGGUGGUAGACCAGCAGCAGCAGGACGAGGAGCGAGAGGGCAACAGGAACAGCAGCAGCCGAUUACCGGUAAUAGCGAAGCGUGCUCGUCCACGGCGAAGAUGUUUGGGGCAAGUCAGCACCGGGUGAGUAGGAAACCGCGCAGACCGCCGGAUACGAUGUACUACUUGUUAUGCAAGAGGUGUAGAAAAAAGGCAAAGGAAAAUGCUGCAAAGGUGAUACAGAUUCUUAUCGUGUACUAUGAAACGGCGCUGGAGAAAAUAAAAAUCGAAAUCGUGCUGAGAUUUUCCCAAAUGCUCUCGACGCUGCGUCCCAAGAAGAUGCGCAAAAAAGUAUUCCGACUUUGCCCUUUUUUCCUUUUAAUGCCUAUGGUCGAAAGGCAGAAACUAGCCGAGGAGAGACUGCAGCAAAUCCGGCAGAUGCAGGAGGAAGAGGAGUUCGCGGAGUGCACCUUUCAACCGAAGAUUUCAAGCAGCGCCGGCUGGUCGCCAGACACAGUCCGGACGAGCGAAUACGAGGCAGCGACCGAGGAGAAAGGAGGCUUUGAACAACGGCACGACCACCCGGCGGCGCACCACUUUGAAGAAAGAGAAACAAACCUAAACCACGAGGAAAAUUGUAAUGGCAGUAAUUCCAAGCACCGAACGGACCUGCUGUACGAGCGUGCGCUGAUCCGGCAGGAGCAGAUCGUGCGGAGACAGAGGUGGAAGGAGAAGCGGGAGGAGGAGAAGGAAUUCGAAUAUUGAGAGGAAAAAUCCCCCCUCCCCAUAUCGAAAAGGUAUUUUUCCAAAAAUUUGUGUUGCGGAUUUGAGGUCGCAAAUCACAUCUGUCUUGCAAGAAGGCAAACCAAAAGAAUCCGCCGCCUUAUGGAGGCGAUUUGUGAUGCUGUUUCACCUACAUGGCAGGCCUCUCUUAUGCCAAGCGCCUACAACAAAACACCCCUACGCAGGCUGAGGCUUUGCCUGUAGUGCCUCGCUGCAAGACAGGGCUGAUUUGUGUACACAAAUCCAGCAGCAGAAGUUUCCGUUUCAAUAUGUGGAGGGGGGAUUUUUCAUUUUGAUAUCGAAGCCUGCACGUUCCACCCGGAAACGAGUUUGUCGAGAACGUCACAGAGGAAACUGCAGGAGAUUCUGUACAACGAAAACGAAACGCCCUCCUCAGCGGUCAAGGGCUACAGCCGGUUUGUGGAGCGGGCGCGGAACGCGAAUCGCCGACGGGAGGAGGAUAAAGUAUGAAAAUCUUUAUUGCUCGAUUGCUUGUUGAAGAUCCGUAAUUUCAUCCCAUGUGUUUGCGACGAACUUGUUGUGAUGCGCAACAGCCAUCCGGACGGGCCCGGGGAAACGAACAAAGAACGUAUACUUUGUGCACUUGACUUCAACAUCAUCGACCUGCAACACAGGUCCGCGCUUCCCACGUUCCCGUGGGCGAAGGCUAUGAGGCGCUGCGGAAGAAGGGGCCGCAGCCUUUCAACCUCUCGGUGUCGAAUCGGGGGAACAGCAAGGGGUACGUAUAGAGUGUAGGCUUGGUGGGAUGUGCAGGACAGGAAUGAGUGGUCAUUGGAUUUUCGCAUCAGAAAUUGUUUGAAAUGUGUCUAUCUAUCAGGUGGGAAGAGCAUGUGGAAUUCUCCGAAAAGCCGGACAUCAUUGUCGAAGUCAAGCUCGGCGUGGGGAAAAUGGGCCGAAUCGCGCUGUACCAGGAUGAUGAUCCACUUGAAGUGGUCGAAGAAUUCUGUAAGCACUACGAACUGGAUGGGGCCAGGUAUAAGCAAUAAAUUCAGUGUUUGGGCUACAUGCCCCCAUGCAAUACAAACUUUGCUUGAAGAAAGAACUCAUUGCGGUUGUUCUGCAUGAGAAAUAAAUGCAAAUCUGUCACUGCAGACGCGGUCGCCUCGAGAACACGCUUCGUCUGGAGCUGCAGCGCGUGCAGAAGAGCAGACAAGGCACUUCAGCUCCGGCGAGUAAACAGAGUGUAGCAGGAGCGGGGUCUGGUUCUGCGGUGGACGGAAGUUGUACAAGUAAACGGUCUGUGGGUUGUACUAGUGCGGAGGGAGGGAGUGCUCACGCUGGAGGAGAUAGUUUGUCGAAAACGGAUUCAGGUAAUCUAUGAUGCGUACUUGCUUCAUUUUCCAUCGUGUUUUAUGCACUGAAAAUCAUGUAGUAUCCUCUACGAUUCAGCAUCCAAACAUCGCCUCCCGACCCCAGGCCCCACUCCGCAAACCACGGACAGCACACCGGCGCAUAGGACGACUUCUAGUAAGAACUCGAAAAUGCUGAAUACCACAACGCCGAAAUCUACUUCUGCUGCCCAACAACUCCCCGGGGGCCAGAAAGUCGUCGCCUUCGGGCGGACCAGUUUUAGAGAAACACACCGUGGUGGUGCUGGUGCUGCAGCACCUAUCGGCCCGCAAAAAUCCAGCCGGCCGCCGCACAGCGCAAGAAGGAGCACGACGCCGUUCCGGGGCGGGAGCAACUUGCCGAGUGCGAGAGGGGGCGCAAAUAAGCCCAGGGCGGGUCAGAACAUGGUAGAUGAUCCGCACGAUCGUCUUCCUGGCAGUAAGAAGUACAGCUACUACCCCUCAAAGCGCAGUCCGGGGGCGAAGAAAACGCAGAGCAUAUCAAAUGCAAAUAUGUCUGGGUCUGGAAGAAUGCAACUUGUGAUGCUGCAUUUGGAUUCCAAAAAAAUCUGUAUUGCGUGAGCAGCAAAAGGAGUCUGAUUUUUGUUACGCAGAGAGGGCAUUUGUCAUGCGGAUUCGGCAUCAAGAAGCCCUCAAAAAAUCUGUGAUGCGAGGGCAUGCAUUACAGACAUCAUGGCUCGUGCAAAACGUGCACGACGAGUCUCAGAACCUCUCAGACCCAGACAUAUUUUCACUUGAUAGGGCAGCAUUUCAAACUACGGAGCGUCGAGUCAGGCGAUUGAUUUGCAGAACCCCGGGUUGCUGCGGGCGCACAUGCGCUUGGCGCAUUCACGAGCCAGUACGCCAAUGUCGGAGCGGCAGGUCGGGUUGUGACCAAGAGGAAAGGGGGAAGAGAGAACGGUGGGGUUGUGAGAAACAAUCAAAGUAGUGCAAAUUUAGUGCUGGUUCCAAGAGAACCUAGUGGUCUAGUCAAUUUUUAUCCAGUCGCAAAAGAACCAACCAGUGCAGACACAGAAAACCAUCUGUCUCUGUUGUAUGUGUGUGCAUGGAAGAUGUCUAUACUUCUAAAAGACGUGCUAACAUCACGAAAGUAAACCUAUGCUUCGCGAGAAACGCUAAAAGCCUAAAUUUCAGUCUAGAGAAUUCAAGCCUUUUCCAUUUUGUAGUAGAAAUCCGUUUUACGAAAUUUUUGUUGUUGAAAGAAAACUUACGAAAUGCAACUGUAUCUAAGGACAUCAAAUAUAGCAACACAUUACAUUUCAAUUGGUAACUGAUGCAGAUGAAACACUGAGAGGACUCAUGUCCCGGUAGUAAUCAAGUGGAAUUUAUGACGCAAGAU